AUUAAUAUUAAAUAUAAGCCUAGAUCUACAUAAAAUAGUCAUCGAAUUUUAAAAUUGAAAAAUGACAGCUAAAGAAGAAUAUAAAUUUCUAUUCAAAAUUGUAAUUGUUGGAAGUGAAAAUGUUGGCAAAACGUGUUUUCUAAAAAGAUUUGCAGACAAUAUGUUUUACGAAAGCUACAUAGCAACUAUUGGUGUUGAUUUUUGCAUCAAAGCAAUCAAAUCAAAAGAAGGGGAUUCAAUCAAACUUCAGAUUUGGGACACGGCCGGGCAGGAGAGAUUCCGGACAAUAACUACCUCCUACUACAGAGGUUCUCACGGGGCCCUGGUCAUGUAUGACGUCACCAACAGAGAAUCGUUCGCCCAGGUGUCGAAAUGGCUGGACGAGCUGCGGGAGGUGAUGAGCGGAAAAGAAGCGAUUAUACUGGUGGGGAACAAAGCAGACGAUAAUGGGUCAAACAGGCAGGUCAGCACGGAAGAAGGGACGAAACUGGCCGCAGAGAGAAACAUCAAAUUCUUUGAGUCCAGCGCGAAAUGUGGGAAAAAUGUGUCCGAAGUUUUCCAGGAUUUAUGUGACCAGCUGAUAGUGACCCAAAGAAAUUUGAUUGGAGGAAGCGCCCCUGAGCCUGUUAAAAGUUCUAUGUCGAAACCUGUCAGCGAAAUAAAAUUGUUUCAAAAGUCUAACGGGGAAAAGAACGGAAAAAUCACUACUGGACUACUGGACUGA